UCUCAGCCGAGACGCAACGAAGGCUACGGCCCCACUUUGGCGCGGCUGCACCCGCUUGGUCAGCGAGUGCCUACUGCUUGGUGCUGCUACUCCCGCCCUGCUCGCGUGCCUCUGAGUGCCCAGGGCUGCUGAGCCAUGCUGUGCUGUCUGCUGGUGAAGGCCAGCAACCUCCCCAAUGUGAAGAAGGAUAGGCGCAGCGACCCUGUGGCCAGUCUGACUUUCCGAGGGGUGAAGAAGAGAACGAAGGUCAUAAAGAACAGCGUGAACCCUGUGUGGAAUGAGGGUUUUGAGUGGGACCUCAAGGGCAUUCCCCUGGACCAGAGCUCCGAACUUCAGGUGGUGGUCAAAGACCAUGAGACCAUGGGGAGAAACAGGUUCCUGGGAGAAGCCAAGGUCCCACUCCGGGAGGUCCUCGCCACCCCCAGUCUCUCUGCCAGCUUCAAUGCCCCCUUGCUGGAUACCAAGAAGCAGCCCACAGGGGCCUCGCUGGUCCUCCAGGUGUCCUAUACUCCGCUCCCUGGAGCUGUGCCGCUGUUCCCACCCGCUAUUCCUCUGGAACCUUCUCCAACUCUACCUGACUUGGAUUUGGUAGCUGGUGGGGGACAGAGCCGGGCCGAGACUUGGUCUCUGCUCAGUGACAGCACCGUGGACACGAGAUACUCCGAAAAGAAGUGGUUGGCUCCUGCGGACACAGGUGGAGAGGACGACACCGAGGACCAGGGGCUCACUGGAGAUGAGGCGGAACCCUUUCUGGACCAGAGCGGUGCCCAAGACCCCAGGGCUCCCACCACCCCGCGGAAGCCACCUUCCCAUCCUCCCCCCUACCAUCCUGGAAGCAAACGAAAGAAAGGCACAUCCAGAAAGCUGCUGUCAGAUAAAGCACAGGACUUCCAGAUCAGGAUUCAGGUGAUUGAGGGGCGCCAGCUGCCGGGCGUGAACAUCAAGCCUGUGGUUAAAGUCACCGCAGCUGGGCAGACUAAGCGGACACGGAUCCACAAAGGAAACAGCCCACUCUUCAAUGAGACUCUUUUCUUCAACCUGUUUGACUCUCCUACAGAGCUGUUUGAUGAGCCUAUCUUUAUCACGGUGGUAGAUUCCUGUUCCCUCAGGACAGAUAGUCUCAUCGGGGAGUUCCGGAUGGACGUGGGCACCAUUUACAGAGAGCCCCGACAUGCCUAUCUCAGGAAGUGGCUACUGCUCUCAGACCCUGAUGAUUUCUCAGCUGGGGCCAGAGGCUACCUAAAAGCCAGCCUUUGUGUACUGGGGCCAGGGGAUGAAGCUCCGCUGGAGAGAAAAGAUCCCUCUGAAGACAAGGAAGACAUCGAAGGCAACCUACUAAGGCCGACUGGUGUAGCCCUUCGAGGAGCCCACUUCUGCCUGAAGGUCUUCAGGGCAGAGGAUUUACCUCAGAUGGACGAUGCUGUGAUGGACAAUGUGAAACAGAUCUUCGGCUUUGACAGUAACAAGAAGAACUUGGUGGACCCCUUCAUGGAGAUCACCUUUGCAGGGAAAAUGCUCUGCAACAAGAUCCUGGAGAAGACGGCCAACCCUCAGUGGAACCAGAGCAUCACGCUGCCUGCCAUGUUUCCCUCUAUGUGUGAGAAAAUGAGGAUUCGUGUCAUGGACUGGGACCGCCUCACUCACAAUGACAUCGUGGCUACCACCUACCUGAGUAUGUCCAAAAUCUCUGCCCCUGGAGGAGAAAUAGAAGUGGACGACCAUCUGGGCUUCCUCCCCACCUUCGGACCCUGCUACGUCAACCUCUACGGCAGCCCCAGGGAGUUCACAGGCUUCCCAGACCCCUAUGCAGAGCUCAACACGGGAAAGGGGGAAGGUGUGGCCUACCGAGGCCGGCUCCUGCUCUCCCUGGAGACCAAGUUGGUGGAACACACUGAGCAGAAGGUGGAGGACCUCCCUGCAGAUGACAUCCUCCGGGUGGAGAAGUACCUCCGGAGGCGCAAGUACUCCUUGUUCGCAGCCUUCUACUCAGCCUCCAUGCUUCAGGAUGUUGACGAUGCCAUCCAGUUCGAGGUCAGCAUCGGGAACUAUGGGAACAAGUUCGACACAACCUGCCUGCCACUGGUCUCCACCACUCAGUAUAGCCGGGCAGUCUUCGACGGGUGCCAUUACUACUACUUACCCUGGGGCAAUGUGAAGCCUGUGGUGGUGCUGUCAUCUUACUGGGAGGACAUCAGCCACAGGAUCGAAACGCAGAACCAGCUGCUCAGGAUUGCUGACCGACUGGAAGCUGGCCUGGAGGAAGUUCAUCUGGCCCUGAAGGCGCAGUGCACCACAGAGGAUGUGGACUCCCUGGUGGCUCAGUUGAUGGAUGACCUCAUUGCAGACUGCAGCCAGCCCCUGGGUGAUGUCCGCCAGGUGCCCGCCGCCACACACCUGGACCAGUACCUGUACCAGCUGCGCAUCCGCCACCUGAAACAGAUCACUGAGGCUGCCUUGGCCCUAAAGCUUGGCCACAGAGAGCUCCCUGCAGCCCUGGAGCAGGCUGAGGACUGGCUCCUGCGUCUCCGUGCCCUUGCAGAGGAGCCCCAGAACAGCCUGCCCGACAUCAUCAUCUGGAUGCUGCAGGGAGACAAGCGUGUGGCGUACCAGCGGGUACCUGCCCAUGAGGUCCUCUUUUCCCGGAGGGGCACCAACUACUGUGGCAAGAAUUGUGGGAAGCUGCAGACGAUAUUUCUAAAAUAUCCAAUGGAGGGGCUGCCUAGAGCUCGGAUGCCGGUUCAGAUACGGGUCAAGCUCUGGUUCGGACUGUCUGUGGAUGAGAAGGAGUUCAACCAAUUUGCUGAGGGGAAGCUCUCUGUCUUUGCUGAAACUUAUGAGAAUCAGACCAAGCUGGCCCUGGUUGGGAACUGGGGCACAACAGGCCUCACCUAUCCUAAGUUUUCUGAUAUUACGGGCAAGAUCAAGCUACCCAAGGACAGCUUCCGCCCUUCCACUGGCUGGACCUGGGCUGGAGACUGGUUCGUGUGUCCCGAGAAGACCUUGCUCUAUGACUCCGAUGCGGGUCACCUGAGCUUUGUGGAGGAAGUGUUUGAGAACCAGACCCGGCUCCCUGGGGGCCAGUGGAUCUACAUGAGUGAUAACUACACCGAUGUGAACGGGGAGAAAGUACUUCCCAAGGAUGAUAUUGAGUGCCCACUGGGCUGGAAGUGGGAGGAUGAAGAAUGGUCUACAGACCUUAAUCGGGCUGUGGAUGAGCAAGGCUGGGAGUACAGCAUCACCAUUCCCCCGGACCGGAAGCCGAGGCACUGGGUCCCUGCGGAGAAGAUGUACUACACACACCGACGGCGACGCUGGGUCCGCCUGCGCAGGAGGGACCUCAGUCAGAUGGAAGCAUUGAAGAGGCAUCGGCAGGCAGAGGCGGAGGGUGAGGGCUGGGAGUAUGCCUCACUCUUUGGCUGGAAGUUCCACCUGGAGUACCGCAAGACGGAUGCCUUUCGCCGCCGCCGCUGGCGCCGCCGCAUGGAGCCACUGGAGAAGACGGGGCCGGCAGCUGUGUUUGCCCUGGAGGGAGCUCUGGGUGGUGUGGUGGAUGACAGGAGUGAAGAUUCCAUGUCCGUCUCUACCUUGAGCUUUGGUGUCAAUAGACCCACAAUUUCCUGCAUCUUUGACUAUGGGAACCGCUAUCAUCUACGCUGCUACAUGUACCAGGCCCGGGACCUGCCCGCGAUGGACAAGGACUCUUUUUCUGAUCCCUACGCAAUCGUCUCCUUCCUGCACCAGAGUCAGAAGACGGUGGUGGUGAAGAACACCCUGAACCCCACCUGGGACCAGACGCUCAUCUUCUAUGAGGUCGAGAUCUUUGGCGAGCCUGCCAGCAUUGCUGAGCACCCGCCCAGCAUCGUGGUGGAGGUGUAUGACCAUGACACCUACGGUGCAGAUGAAUUUUUGGGACGCUGCAUUUGUCAACCAAGUCUGGAACGGAUGCCCCGGCUGGCCUGGUUCUCGCUGACCAGGGGCAGCCAGGUGGCGGGAGAGUUGCUGGCCUCCUUUGAGCUCAUCCAGAGAGAGAAGCCUGCCAUCCACCACAUUCCUGGAUUUGAGGCUCACGAUACAUCAAGGAUUCUGGAAGAGUCAGAAGACACUGACUUGCCCUACCCGCCACCCCAGAGGGAAGCCAACAUUUACGUGGUCCCCCAGAACAUCAAACCAGUUCUCCAGAGGACUGCCAUUGAGAUCCUGGCAUGGGGACUUCGAAACAUGAAGAGUUACCAGCUGGCCAGUGUCUCAUCCCCCAGCCUCGUGGUGGAGUGUGGGGGCCAGACAGUGCAGUCCUGUGUUAUCAGAAACCUUCGGAAGAACCCCAACUUUGACAUCUGUACCCUCUUCAUGGAAGUGAUGCUACCCAGGGAGGAACUCUACUGUCCUCCCAUUGUGGUCAAGGUCAUCGAUAACCGCCAGUUUGGCCGACGGCCUGUGGUGGGUCAGUGCACCAUCCGCUCACUGGAGAGCUUCCUGUGUGACCCUUACUCAAUGGGGAGCCCACCCCCACAGGGUGGCCCAGACGAUGAGAGCUUACUCAGUCCUGGGGAAGACGUGCUCAUCGACAUUGACGACAAGGAGCCCCUCAUCCCCUUGCAGCUUGCAGACGGUCUGUCGGGUUCGGCCCCCAUUAACAUGGCAGCUUCUCCAUCCAGUCCUCAUGAGGAGGAGUUCAUUGAUUGGUGGAGCAAGUUCUUUGCCUCCGUAGGCGAGAGGGAAAAGUGUGGCUCAUACCUGGAGAAGGAUUUUGACACUCUAAAGGUCUAUGAUACACAACUGGAGAAUGUGGAGGCCUUUGAGGGUCUAUCUGACUUUUGUAACACCUUCAAGCUUUACCGGGGCAAGACUCAGGAGGAGAUGGAAGAUCCAUCGGUCAUUGGGGAAUUUAAGGGCCUUUUCAAAAUUUAUUCUCUCCCAGAAGAUCCUGCCAUCCCCAUACCUCCAAGACAGUUCCACCAGUUGGCUGCCCAGGGUCCUCAGGAGUGCCUGGUCCGUAUCUACAUUGUCCGAGCAUUUGGCCUGCAGCCCAAGGACCCCAAUGGGAAGUGUGAUCCUUACAUCAAGAUCUCCAUCGGGAAGAAAUCAGUUAAUGACCAGGAUAACUAUAUUCCCUGUACCUUGGAACCUGUGUUUGGAAAGAUGUUCGAGCUGACCUGCACCCUGCCUCUGGAGAAGGACCUGAAGAUUACUCUCUAUGACUAUGACCUCAUGUCCAAGGAUGAGAAGAUUGGAGAGACAGUCAUUGACUUGGAGAACAGGCUGCUGUCCAAGUUUGGGGCUCGCUGUGGACUCCCCCAGACCUACUGUGUCUCUGGACCGAACCAAUGGAGGGACCAGCUCCGCCCUUCCCAGCUCCUCCACCUUUUCUGCCAGCAACACAGAGUCCAGGCCCCUGUGUACCAAACAGACCGGGUGAUGUUUCAGGAUAAAGAAUAUACCAUUGAAGAAAUAGAGGCUGGGAGGCUUCCGAACCCACACCUGGGCCCUGUGGAGGAGCGGUUGGCUUUGCAUGUCCUUCAGCAGCAGGGCCUGGUCCCAGAGCAUGUGGAGUCACGGCCCCUCUACAGCCCCUUGCAGCCAGACAUCGAACAGGGAAAGCUGCAGAUGUGGAUUGACUUGUUUCCAAAGGCCCUGGGGCGACCUGGACCUCCCUUCGACAUCACUCCACGGAGAGCCAAAAGGUUCUUCCUGCGUUGUAUUAUCUGGAACACCAAAGAUGUGAUCCUCGAUGACCUCAGCAUCACGGGGGAGAAGAUGAGUGACAUUUAUGUGAAAGGAUGGAUGGUUGGCUUUGAGGAACACAAGCAAAAGACAGAUGUACAUUACCGGUCCCUGGGCGGCGAAGGCAACUUUAACUGGAGGUUUAUUUUCCCCUUCGACUACCUGCCAGCAGAACAAGUCUGUGCCAUCUCUAAGAAGGAUGCUUUCUGGAGGCUGGAUAAGACCGAGAGCAAAAUCCCAGCUCGAGUGGUAUUCCAGAUCUGGGACAAUGACAAGUUUUCCUUCGAUGACUUCCUGGGCUCUCUGCAGCUGGAUCUCAACCACAUGCCCAAGCCAGCCAAGACGGCUGAGAAAUGCUCCUUAAGCCAGCUAGAUGAUACCUUCCACCCUGAAUGGUUCGUGUCCCUUUUUGAACAGAAAACAGUGAAGGGCUGGUGGCCCUGUGUGGCAGAAGCGGGUGAGAAGCAGAUGCUGGCGGGCAAGCUGGAGAUGACCUUGGAGAUUGUAGCUGAGAGCGAGCAUGAGGAGCGGCCCGCUGGCCAAGGCCGGGAUGAACCCAACAUGAACCCCAAGCUUGAGGACCCAAGGCGUCCUGAUACCUCCUUCCUGUGGUUCACCUCCCCAUACAAGACGAUGAAGUUUAUCCUGUGGCGGCGGUUCCGGGGUGCCAUUAUCCUCUUCAUCAUUCUCUUCAUUUUGCUGCUUUUCUUGGGGAUCUUCAUCUAUGCCUUCCCGAACUACGCUGCCAUGAAGCUCGUGAAGCCCUUCAGCUGA